UGGUCUGGAGGCGGAGCCGGGGCUGUGGGUUUGUCGACAGCACUGCUGAAAAAAAAAUCAAAGGUGAACGUGAGGAGGGAAGGUGCGGUCAUGGCAUUGGGUUUGUUCAGUAUUGCGGCGGGGCUGGUGGCAAUGCUCAGUAGCUCCUGGACCGCGGUACCCGUGGCUGUGGUCGUGGCCCUGGCCACCUGGAUGUGGUGGAGCAGAGGCAGGAACCGGGAGAGAGUGGAGACGCUGAGCACUGUUCCCGAUAGCGACGGGGACGGAGACCGGGUGCAGAAGGAGAGCGGCGCUGAACCAGGCAAUAGUGUUGCGGUUAAAGCUGAUAUUGAAAAUGCCAAUGGACUUGAAAUCAAGGAAAGAAAUGAGGUGAAAGCUGGUGUACCAUUAUCUCCAGUUACACAAAACUCUGUUGCUUUGGAGCCUAAAGUAAUUUCAGACACAACAGCCAGUGACCACAGAGAGAUGGGCCUUCCGAAACUGUCAAAUAAAGAAGACUGGCCUGCUGCCGAACAGAUAAGUAACAAGAAACAAACUGAACAGGUGACUCAACCAGCCAGUGGUGGAGGGAGUCCUGUCCGUAAUGUACACAUCAACGAGAAUGAUUUGGGACAGGAAAAGAGCCUUGUUUGUGGAAAAAUAAAAGCAACUCCGAGUAUGGAAGAGGUGCUUAACAAAUCUGAUCAUGAAGGCAAAGCCUUGGGUCUUGUUUCAGCAGUUGAUCAAAAGUCGGGCAGUACGGGUAGUCAGCUCAUUCAGACAAAUAAAGUCAUCAGUGAAACUAAUGCUGAAGUGCCCAGUGCCUUGGAUACUGUUGAAACUACAAUAGAAAAGGAGAAGAGGAAAAGCAUCAAAUUGGUCUUGAAAGAUGAAUCAGAAAGAACAGCUACAAGCUUGGAGUCUGAAAAUCUGGCCAAGAAAGUUGCUGCCGUGUCUCCUUUGCCCCUCAACAAUGUCUCAGUGAGUUUUAAUGUUCAUUAUAUGACUUGCUCAAAUUCUCAGAUCCUUGCAGUGACAGGAAACCACGAAUCUCUAGGACAAUGGGAGAAUUAUGUACCACUGAAACCAAAUAAGGAUGGAUUCUGGUCUGAUACCAUUCAGCUGCCAGCAAACUCCAGGUUUGAAUGGAAGUAUGUGGUGGUGGAAAAUGGAAAGAUCUGGCGAUGGGAGGAGUGCCCAAAUAGAUACCUAGAGACUAGCCAUGAAGAUAUGGAAAUAUAUCAAUGCUGGGGUUACCACUGAAUCACAAGUGGCAACUGCAGCACAUUGCUUAAAAUGCAGUAUUGAUAGAGUUCAAUUGAAGCCUUGAGUUCAUUGAAGUUUACCCUUUACAAAUGAGUAAUUCCUUAUUUAACUUGCCAUUUCUUGCUGGUAUGUUUGGUUUAAUAACCUGUCUGCUGUCUCUUUGCUCAUUUCUACACUUCAGUUUCAGAAUUACCAGUAAAGGUCGGGACUGCCUUAUCUCCUGCACCUAGUUACUACUUUAUGCAGGAACUUCGACUGUUUCCUCUCUCUACCAGAUAAAACAGUUCCUGUACUAAUUCAGCUACUAUAAUAAGCAUAUACUGACAGUUGAUAAUUAAUGUGCACAAGACCUUAAAAAAAUAACCCUUCUAAUUUCUAAGCCUGUACUGUGAGCAAUGUGUUCAAUUAAAGUGACUUCAAUAAAUGCUUUUUGGCUAAAGUGAUAUUGAAUACUUGUUUA